CAGCUUUGCUUUCUGACAUUUCCCAUUCUUCUCUGCGCUGCGGAAGAGGUUUCUUUCUGGUAGUAGGCAACAUGGCGGACGUUCAGAGUUUAACACCGGCUGACGGCGAAAGCAAGCUGAGCAAAAAGUGCUAAUCACCAGAUAUUUGCCAAGUGAGGGUUGGGAGUUGUGUACAAUGCUGCUAUCUGCUCUGCUCAGGCUGGUUAAGAGCCCAGUCAGGGUGCACAGAAUACUUAAGGAUCAAAUCCUGGGAAAGCAUCUUUCCAAUUUUUCUCCUCUCUACAAGGACCAGGAACUUCAUAAGAAAAAAAGUGAGCUGAAAAGACGAAUGAAAGCAGAAAAAAAAGCUGCUGAAAAGGAAACUAAACAAAAGGAUCAAAAUGAGAAGCUGCCCAGUGAAGAGGAAGCGGCUGUUGAUGAAGAAACGCUAGACCCUAAUCAAUAUUAUAAGAUACGUACACAAGCGAUUCAGCAGCUAAAAGGCACAAAAGAUGAUCCCUAUCCACACAAGUUUCACGUGGACUUAUCCCUCGCAGACUUCGUUCAGAAAUACAGUAAUUUACAGAUUGGGGACCAUUUAACAGAAGUGGUCAGUGUAGCAGGUAGGGUCCAUGCCAAACGUAUUUCUGGUGCCAAGUUAAUCUUUUAUGAUCUUCGCGGAGAAAGUGUGAAGCUGCAAGUGAUGGCUAACUCUAAAUUUUACAAAUCUGAAGAAGAGUUCAUGUCAAUUAAUAACAAGUUACGCCGGGGUGAUAUUAUUGGGGUGAAAGGAAACCCUGGAAAAACUAAAAAGGGAGAACUCAGUAUAAUCCCGCAGGAGAUAACUCUGCUUUCACCUUGCCUGCACAUGUUGCCUCAUCUGCACUUUGGAUUGAAGGACAAGGAGACCAGAUUUCGCCAGCGUUACUUGGAUCUCAUUCUAAAUGACUACGUAAAACAGAAGUUUAUUGUUCGUGCAAAAAUUAUCACCUACCUCAGAAAAUUUCUUGAUGACUUAGGUUUCCUUGAGAUUGAAACCCCGAUGAUGAACAUGAUUCCUGGCGGUGCUGUUGCAAAACCAUUUAUCACUUAUCACAACGAUUUGGAUAUGAACCUGUACAUGAGAAUAGCACCAGAACUGUACCACAAGAUGCUUGUGGUUGGUGGUAUUGAUAGAGUAUAUGAAAUAGGCAGACAAUUCCGAAAUGAAGGAAUUGACUUGACCCACAAUCCAGAGUUCACUACCUGUGAAUUUUAUAUGGCAUAUGCAGACUAUCAUGACCUCAUGGAAAUCACAGAAAAACUGCUUUCAGGUAUGGUUAAACACCUAACUGGUGGUUACAAGGUGACGUAUCAUCCUGAGGGCCCGGAAGGUCCGGCCCAAGAAAUAGACUUCACUCCUCCCUUUAAGAAGAUUAGCAUGGUUCAGGAGCUGGAAAAAGAAUUAGGAGUAAAGUUCCCACCGCUGGAUCAGUUUGAAACAGAAGUAACACGCAAGUUCCUUGAUGAUCUCUGUGUAGCAAAAGAAGUUGAGUGCGCGGCUCCAAGAUCCACUGCCAGGCUACUAGAUAAGCUGGUUGGUGAUUUCUUGGAGGUAACCUGCAUCAACCCAACCUUUAUAUGUGACCAUCCUCAGAUCAUGAGCCCUCUUGCUAAAUG